AUGGCUAGCAGUAUUAAAAUUAAUAAUAGUUUGUUCGCCGGGGCAGAACAAUAUAUGAAUUUUAAUACCCUUUCUAUUAAAGAGGAGUGUGAAAAGGAAGAGGAAGACUUUGAUGUUUUUGAAGAAACAGAAGAAUAUCUGGGAAAUACACCAGAUAGUUCAUACUUGAAUGCAGAAGCCUUCGAGAGGGAACGAUUGAACAGAUGUUACCAGAUGAAUUUACAGCGUAGCAACGACGAUUUUGCCAUUGAAGAGAGUUCAACUGACAAUGAAGAAACAAGGAGGUGUCAGAAAUUUACAUAUUUAGAAAGGAAAAGGAUCUUUGCCAAGAAGAACAGAGAGAGAGAAAUCCCACGAAGGGAAGUGUUUUACAAUGAAGGUGAUUCAUACAAUCAUGAAUACUACCUGGAUGAUGAAACACUUUUUGAGAAUGACCCAUGUAACUCCCCCUUCAGUGGAGAAUCCAGUGAAGUUUUAGAACCAUUGUGCUUUAUCAAGCAAACACCAUCAAGGUAUAAUAUAAGAUCGAAGCCGGCGACACCAGAGAAGGCAGCGUCUUUGAGGCUUUUAAUUGAGGAAUAUGAUAGACUGCAUGGGCGACCCUCAAUAUUACAAUUGGUCCCCGCUAAUCGCAGAAAUACUUUCCCCUUUUCUAAUGAAGGUACAGUCAUUAACUGCCAAUCAUUUGACGAUCAUAGAAUAGACUAUCCAGACAGAGAACAAUUGAAGAGGCAACCGGAAUUCUAUUAA